CGGGUAUUUAAAGGCUGCCGCUGCCUGUGCCACACCAGUCCCGCCAGGACGGCGACAGUGAAGCACCUGGGUUGAGAGGGAGCAGCAAGGUAACCGCGCAAACCCUGCCUCCCCGGCCCCCGCCCGCGCCUCAGCCGAGCCGGGUGUGGGGGGACCCAGGAGUGUGUCUUACUGCGUGUCACCUGCCAACACCUUCCUCCCCCACCAUCCUUACCCAGCCCCAGUCUCACCCAGCAUACCUGGGCGAGACAACCCGGGUGCGAAGGACAAGAGAUUACGACCGAAGAGCGAGCAAACCAGGAAGACAGCGGCCUCCUGGAGAGGAAAACGUGAUCCCAGGGGCAGACACGUGGCGCUGCGUGAAGAGACAGGGUGACCAGACGACGCUCUUCCGACCGUCCUGUUUGGCCAAACUUGACGACAGCUUCUGGGUCGCUACCAUCUAGACCUCUCAGAGCUCCCUGAACCAUGACGGAGACCCUCAACAUGAGAGAAGACCCUCUGAACCUGGGCGGUGGCGGGGCACCCUCGGCCUCCCUGCGCUCCUGGUCGUCCUGCCACCGAAGGCGCCGGGGCGCUCCCGUGUACAAUAGAUGGCACCACUAUAGCCCCAAGACCGAGUAUGGGCCCCCAAGGAAACAGCCAAAGCAACAGCACGGCCCGGGGUUUUGGUUCCAACCACCCGUGUGCUCUAACUGGGGGUGCUGGGGAGGGCCCUGGCGCCCACCCCCUCCGGGAUUCCCGAGACCCCCCGGCCGGGUGCAAGUGAUUCCCGUGUACGGCCUGCACCCGCUCUGCUUUUGCUGCUGCUCCUGCUGGAGCGGAUCCUGGAACCCUGGCUGGGCGAGGCCCCCAGGCAGGAAGAAGCGCUGGGGCCGCAGGGGCCGUAGAGGCCGCGGCCCGCGCCACCACCCUCGCCGCUCCUCCUCGCGGAGCCCGCCCGCGGAUCUGAGCACGCUGCUGCGGCCGGCCAGCCCGUACGAGUGGCGAGCGCCUGGCAUGCGGGCGCCGCGCAACACCACCCAGUUCAUCAUGGACCAGAUCUACGAGGAUAUGAGGCAGCAGGAGGAGCUGGAGCGCCAGCAGAAGGCCAUGAGGGCGCAGCCGGCGCUGGUGGGAGGCGAGGCCUCGCCGGCCGGAUCCUCCGGAAACGGCGCGCCCCCUGGCGGCAGCGAGGAAAACUGGGCGCUGCAGGAAACUUUGUAUGACCUUGUGCAGAAUCCUCUAUCAUUCAGUCCUACCCCAGAGGAAAACCAGUCUCCUGCCCCUAUGCUGGUGAAGGAAGAGGAGGAGGAGGAGAAAAAUGAUGAUGAGUAUGACCAGGAGAUGUGUGAUGCAAAGGAGGAGAGCGAGGAGGAGGAAGGAGAGGUCGAAGAUGAGGAAGAAGAGGUCGAAGAUGAGGAGGAGGAAGAGGUGGAAGAGGCUGAAUAUGUGGAGGAGAGGGAGGAGGAGGAAGAGGAGGAGCUGGAAGAGGAAGAGGAGGGCCUGGAGGAGAACAAGCAGGGAGGGGAAGAAUUUCACUUGCCUCUGGAAAUGCCUUUGUCAAUCUUCAUAGGGGCUGAAGAAACGAGAGAGAACUUUAUAAACUGUACUUUUUUAAACCCAGAGCAGAUAAUUCCCAACGUACCACAGGAAUCCCUGUUCCUGGCACAGGACUUUAACUGUUAGACAUCAGAAAAGGGAUUGAGGAAAAGGAUGGAACUGAUUUGAGGCUAAACUGGAUUAGCAAUUUAUUAAAAACUGAUUAAAAAUGCUAUGGAUCUUCCUCAGAAGAACAAGAAGUUGCUUCUGUGGAACUGGUUAUCUGCCAUGGCCUCAACAAUCCAUAAUCCAUUCAUGGAGAGGAUUCCCCAUGGUCAGAAGUCAACUUGCACAUCUAGUUAAAAUCCAAGGUAACUGCAAACAAUGGAACAUAGCUUAGGUUUUGAAGCCUGGUUAUUGGAUAUAGUCUUUGUCAUAAGUUCUGAGCAGCCAUAAAGAUAGUUUUGCAGAAUGGAUUUUUUAAAAGAAAAACAUUAUUGACUUUUUGGGGAUGGAUUAUCUUACUUUGUUUUUCAACUUGUCUUCCUUAUAAAGGAGUAAAACAAAGACGUGUAAGUGUGAGUCUGUGUGAGCUGGUUUCUGAUAUCUACAUAGCAAUUACCUAUGGAGAAUACAUCAUUCAUAGUAACGGCUUUUGUUCAAACAUUUUUAGGAAGUAAUAAUAUGUUUCUUCCUGGACAGUUAAUAAAAGUUCCAUCCAUAGCAUAUUUCCAGGAUAUCCUUAAAUGAUGAAUUUGAAUCUGCUAUCUCAGAAAUUACAUCAUUUGACUUUGAACCACAACUUAGCAUUUAUUUGUUGAAGAGAAGAAUGUGUGGUGAUGUCUUACCUGAGUGUUGAUUGUUACUGAUAUAUUGCAGUUUUCAAGGUGAUAAGCUUAAGCUAUUAAAUAAUUUAAAAAAGUAUUAAA